AUGGCUUCGGACCCUAACGUGUCCUUUCCGGGAGCACAAGAAAUAUGUGACGCGGCAGGUGCAGGCAUGGGAGUGGUAGGAGAAGAGGAUCUUGCCAGCAAUGUGCGGCAGCAGACCGAAGAGGAUGCGGGGUACUUGAAAGUUCAUUUGCCAAGAGUAAAGUGGAAGGCGGUGGAAGAGGCACGGAGAGUGGACGUCGACGACCAAACGGCUUCCAAAGAGGCGCAAAAGAAGGUGGAGGAGGAGGUGGAGAAGAAGAUGGAGGAAGAGAUGCAGGAAAGCGCGGUGGCGGAGGCGAGGAUGAUAGCGGAUGCAGAGACACCAAAGAUCGCGGAGGCGGAGGUGGUGAAAAAGGCGGCGGGCAGAGGCGCAGAGGAUCGCGGUGGUGGAGAUGAAGAAGAAGGAUACUGCAGAGGCAAGGAAGAUCGCGGAUGCAGAGGCGCAGAAGAAGGUGGAGGCAGAGGCGCAGAAGAAGGCGGAGGCAGAGGCAUAGAAGAAGGCGGAGGCAGAGGUACAGAAGAAGGCGGAGGAAGAGGCGCAAAAGAAGGCGGAGGUAGAGGCGCAGAAGAAGGCGGAGGCGGAGGCGCAGAAGCUCGCAGAGGCAGAGAGGCGCAAAAGAGGGCGGAGGCAGAGGGAAGAACAAAGGCAGAUGCAGAGUCACAUAAGUUGGCAGAUGAAGAGCCGCAAAAGAGUGCGGAUGCAGAGGCGCCAAAGUUUGCGGAGCCAGAGGCGAAGAAGAAGGUGGAGGUGGAGGCGCAGAAGUUCGCAGCACAGAAAAGGGCCGAGGCAGAGCUGGAGAAAAAGGUGGAGGUAGAGGCGCAGAAGUGCACAGAUGCAGAGUCACAAAAGAUUGCGGAUGCAGAGGUGCCGAGGAUCACGGAGGCAGAGGCGCAGAAGCACGCAAAGGCAGCAGCGCAGAGGAGGGCGGAUGCAGAUGCGCAAAAGUUUCCAGAUGCAGAGGCGCAAAAAUGCGAGCGGCUGCAAAGGGAGAAACACAAGGAGGAGGAGCAGCAAAAGAAGGAGGAGGCGAAGAGGAAGGAAGCAGAAGACGCCGAGCGGCUGCAGAGGGAGAAACAACAGGAGGAGGAGCGGCAGCAAAAGGAGGAGGCGAAGAGGAAGGAAGCAGAGGAUGCCAAGUGGCUGCAAAGGGAGAAACAACAGGAGGAGGAGCGGCAGGAGAAGGAAGAGGCGAAGAGGAAGGAAUUAGAGGACGCCGAGUGUCUGCAGAGGGAGAAACAGUUCGAGGAGGAGCGGCGGCAGAAGGAGGAGGCGAAGAAGGAAGCAGAGAGUGCCGAGCGGCUGCAGAGGGAGAAACAGCAGGAGGAGGAGCAUCGACAGAAGGAGGAGGUGCAGAGGAAGGAAGCAGAGGAUGCCGAGCGGGAGAAGGAGCGCCGAUUAGAGGAGGAACGCGUGCGAGAGCAUCGGCGAGCAGAGAAGUUGGCCAGACUAGCGGCCUACGAGGAAGAACAGAGGCUUAUGGAGGCAGAGGUAAAGGCUAUGGCUGAAGAAAAGGAGCGUUUGGCGCGGGAGAUGGAAGAGGAGGAGUCGACAAGGCAGGGAGAGGGGAGCGGGGAAACAAGGGAGGAGGAGGAAAUAACUGAGGGGGAGAUGAAUGUAGGAGCUGCCAUGGCUGUGGUUCUUGGACAGAACGGAGAGGGCUCCAGAAGGCAGCCUAGGGAGAAGGACAGGGAGCCGGAGGGGCAUGCGUCUAAGAGACGGCGUGCAGCAGGCAUACAGGAGUUGAUACCGAUAAUCCUAGGGGGAGUUAAAGGGGUGAAGAUAGACAAGUGUGACAAUAGGAGAAACGCCCAAGUGGACGCUAAUGGUAUGACCUGGAGCGUGAGGCUGCCUUUCAGGGGAAGGGGUUCUCUCAUCAAGGCGAGGGAACACUGCUGA